CAAAACAUCUCCAGUCUCCAUUUCAAUCCUAAUCGUGAAGGAGUUCUUAUUUCGUGAAUACACCACUUCUCCACUGGUUGGCCUUUUGUGCGCGACGAACAUCAUGGGGCGCUGGACGCAGUACGACGAAGAUGAUCACAGGCUUCCAGAAGGCAUGAAGCGAACUGGCUACGACGCCGACAGUGGACGGUAUUAUUUCCAUGACCGUGAAGGAUUGGUGUACAAAGGGCCAGAGGGCUCUAAAUUCGGAGGACUCACGCUAGUGUCUGAAAUGCUUUCUUCCAUCCCUCAAGAAGUAGACGAAGACAGUGACCUGGAAGCCACUCCUAUCCGCACUGACAGUUAUCGCCUCUUGGCCCUGGAUGAGCACGGUACCCGCUACAAUCCGCGCACCUGGAUAGCACCUUUGGGAAGCCCUAUCAGGCCUAGCAAGAAAACAGUAAUAUCCCAACGCGAUAAUUAUCGCCCCAAAUAUUCUCUAAGUACUUCAGACCUCGAAGGCUUUACUGUUAUACAAGGACAGGAAUCUAGUGGAAG